AAAAAAAAAAAAAAAAAGAGAGACAUUUGUACAUUUGAUAAGAACUUAUCACCCUAACAAAGAAAUGUCGUUUGCAGGCUACUUUUUCGGAAAUGUGGAUGCACAAGGAAGACUUGAGAGUGAUUUAGACGAUGAUCUCAAAGAGACUCUUUCAAGCGUGGAUGCCGAUGUUAUUUCAAGAAUUUUCAGUGAUGAUACGUUUGGUUUAGAACGAGCUAAGAACAUUGACGAGGACGACGAUGAAGAUGGGACGGAAUCCAUACCAGUGAUACCUACAGCCCAUGCUUCAGACGCUGUCGAUUACUCUGAUUUUGACGAGACCGUACCAGACGAUCAGCAAGAAAAAUACUAUCGACGUGGCAUGGGUAUGAUUCAAAAGAACUUGAAGCGAUCUCGACUUGCUCUUGUCAGUGAUAAUUACGACGAUGAAGAGGAAGAGGAACCCGCCAAACCAACACCCGCACCCGCACCUACACCUACGCCUCCUCCACCUACUAACUUAUCUACCAACGCCACCACCACCACCAUAACCACUACCAGUGUGGACCCUAAUGCCGAGACUAAAAAAAACGUGGAUAUCCAACAGUUAUUUCCUGGUUUCGAAAAGGGAAAGAUCUUGAAGUUUUCAGAACUCUUCAUGGCCAAAAUAAAACGUCCUUCUAAACUGCAGCUCCAUAAAAAAGUUGUGUUUGGUGAUGGAUAUGAAUAUGAAGUGGAACGCGACGAACGUACAUUGUUCUCAAGAGCUAGUAAAUUGGAUCGUCUCCGUGCUGAGCAAGCAAAGGUACCUGUGAAAAGACGUAGGAUCGAAACAUUGAAUGAGAAUAGCGACAGUAGCGAUAGUAUGAGCGAGGACGAAGAAUAUUUACAAGAAUUAGCUGAAAGACCACAUAUGACAGAAGCUUUACCGCAGAUCUUGGAUGAAGAUCAAUUAUAUCACUCUGUCAUGCUGGAUAAAUGGGAGGACGAUAUUGUAUGGGGAGAUGACGAUGAGAUCACUGAAAUGGAAGAUGCACAGCCUGUAGUCAACAAACAUUUAAACAUGCAAUUGGAAGAAGGAGAUUGGUUAGAUGCGAUUAUCUGGGAUAAAGAAAAACCUCCUGCUUCGACGAUGAAAAUUUCGCUUGACUUGAAUGAUCCCAACAUGUUGUUUGACGUUGAAGAAGUAGAAGCAACCAAGGAAUUAUUAAUCGAACCCAAGCAUGUAAAGAAGGGUCGUAAACCACUUCCUAAGCCUAUUCCCAAGAUUCAAAUAUACCACACAGACACUGAACCUCAUAACAAAUUACCAUUGAAUCGAUUUAAUUUAUCCAACGACAAGUUCUAUGAAUCGCAUCUGGCAGGAAGAUUAGUUCGUGUUCGACAAACGUUUGGUCAAUUGGUUGUUCAACACGCUUUACCUGCCUUAAAGUUACAUCCUGCUCUUUACAAGACAAAGCUUUCCAAGGCAGAAUUAAGAUCGUUCCAUCGACCUUUAAUCCAAUUACCAGCGAAUACAGACAUCCAUUUCUCGCGUGUGAAAGCGAGUAAGAAGAAGAAGAAGGAUAAAAAGAAGGGUCAUGUGGAUAUUAUACGCAACACCAAAGAUUUAACAUUGAAGGACAGCACACCCUAUGUGCUUAUGGAAUAUUCUGAAGAACAUCCACCGAUUAUUUCUAAUGUGGGCAUGGGAACUUUAAUUAUUAACUAUUACAGAAAGACAGAACCCAAAGAUGAGUUUGUACCCAAUCUUGAUAUCGGUGAACCUUUUGUGCUCGAUAUUGGUGAUACUUCACCUUUUAUGAAUUUCGGUAAUGUUGAACCGGGUCAAACAAUUUCUGUAUACUAUAACAACUUGAUCCGUGCGCCUUUAUUCCGUCAUGAUGUGAAACACACCGACUUUUUAUUGUUAAAGAGUACAUAUAAAGGUCAUACCAAAUACUACUUACGGGAAAUUCCUGCCAUCUUUACGAUUGGUCAGUCUUAUCCAGUGCAAGAAGUCCCAGGCCCUCAUUCAAGAAAGGUGACGACGACCAUUAAGAACCGAUUGCAGGUGGUUGCUUAUCGUUUGAUUAAACGUAAUCCACUUCAUAGGCUCAAGAUGAACAAGUUGGCGCAAAAGUUUCCUGAAUAUUCAGAUAUUCAAAUUCGACAAAGGUUGAAAGAGUUUUUAGAGUUUCAUCGCCGUAGUAAAGAUGGUGGAGGAGGAUACUGGAAGACACGUGGAGGGGGAGAACCCCCCUCGGAAGAAGAUCUUCGAAAGAUGGUGACACCCGAGAUGGUUUGUUUGUACGAGAGCAUGCUGGUGGGUGAACGCCAUCUUCAAGAUCUGGGUUACGGUGAUGUCAAUGACGACGAUGAAACAGGUGAAGGUGACUCAAAAUUGGAAGUCGAACAACAAUUGGCGCCCUGGUUCUCCACCAGAAACUUCAUCAAUGCGACACAAGGUAAAGCCAUGUUGAAACUCUAUGGCGCAGGUGAUCCGACAGGUCGUGGUGAAGGUUUUAGUUUCAUCCGUGUAUCCAUGAAGGAUAUUUUUUUGCGUGCGGGCGAAUCAGCUGAAGAAAAACUAGCUCAAAUCGAGGCAAGACCCAAGAGUGCACACAGGUAUAAUGUUGCUGAGCAACAACAAAUCUAUCGAGAAGAAAUUGCUCGUAUUUGGAAAGCACAGUUAGAAUCGCUGGGGAACAAGAUCGAACCCAUUCUUUCUGACCAUGAAGAGGAAGACGAAGAAAGAGAUGUUGACCAAGUGGAUAGUCCCUCCGCCUCUGAGUAUGAUUGGGGUCACCAUCGUAAUAGUCACGGGAUGUCACCAUCCCCAGCAACCCCUUCCUACCACCGUAGUCGAUAUGAUCGUGCUACUUCUGAAAUUGAUGAUGAUGAUGUUUCAGUUACGGGUAGUUUAAACUCCAGUUACCAUGUCAACAGUCAAAAUAAAUACUUGAUAAUCCGAAGAUUGAUUGCACCACCUGGCGGAGGUGAAAAAACCUGGCAACAAGAAGUUGUUCGUGAUCCUGUAGUCAUCAAGUCCUACUUGAGACAGAGACAGAUGAUUGAGGAAGAAGCCACAAGUGCUGAGGCUUUGGAACCUACGGAUGAUGAAGAAAAGAAUGCACGUAUGAAGAAACGUAUUCAAGAUCAGUUGGCUAAAUUAAAGAGAAAUGCAGAGCGACGUCGUCAACGCCAAUUAGCUAAACAAGCACAAUUGGCCGAAAAUCCAGUCCUUGGUCUUAUUCGAGGAAAGCGAGAGGGCGCCAUGCGUCGAUGCGGUAACUGUGGACAAUUGGGACACAUGAAAACAAAUAAGAAUUGUCCCAAGUUUUAUAUUAUGAAUGACCCGAAUCGAAUUGCAGAAGACGCAACCACUCCCUCAGAAAACACACCCGGGACUCCAUCCACAUCGGUUGAAACAAUUCCAGGACUCUAAUGUACAUACAUGUAUUUUUCUUUGAAAAGAAAUAAAUACAAAGACCUUUUUUCCCCCUUUUCCUCAUAUCAUCAUGCAAAUGUAUUCAUAUAAAUAAUGAAUGACAUUUUAAAAGUA